AUGGCACGGUCCAAAGGACAGUUAGAUUUCUUCGAAGUUGCCUUCAUUUUAAAUUCUUGGUCCUUUUUUUUUCUUUUUGAUUACGUGACUAAACGAAUAUUAUUAUCAGGAAUGAAACUGAAAGAUGUCAGCGCGACAACAACCAUGUCGUUGACAUUAUUUUUCACAAUCUCUGUUCUACUGGGUUAUGUUUCAGGCCAACAUGAUAUGGGCAGUCCAGGUGCGUGCUUACCCCUUGGAGAACCCAGUAAAGGGUUCAAUGCUAAAUUUUUCAGUUACCCAAUCAACGUUUACGACAAAGUAUUGGACCCAGGAUACUAUACGAAACAUUAUGCAGAUGGUGGGCCCAUCGGGGAAGUGAAAGGUAUUAUUGACCCAAACUUCAAGACUACGAUACCUUGUUACCGAUCAGAUGGCGGGCCCACAUUUAGAUGUUACCACCCCUUUCUACGAGGAUUGGCCUGUAAAUACUGGUGUGGGUCAAUUCACUGUAAUAAUUCUCUUAGAGGGGCAUACUGGAGUGAGGAAAUAUACGGGUUCAACACGAGUGUCAGUAAUAUCAGCAUGGAACUGACGGGCUACCUUCUAGCUCCGGAGACAGGCAAUUACACGUUCUACUACAACUUCGUGGAUGACGGUGCCUUCCUGUUUGUGGGACCCGAUAUUGCCUACCUUUGCUGUAAGCAAGACAAUUACCCGGUCGGCGUCGAUCUUGUAUCGAUAGGUGACCAUUAUCCACACGUUUAUGCCGCGUCGUUCUAUUUGGCCGCAGGUUACUACUAUCCUGUCAAAGUCGUGUUCAUCAAUGCAUGGAUGUCUGGUACUUUGGAUACCAAGUUACAAUUGCCAAGUGGGAAGAUAGUACAAGAUUGGGGGAUAUAUGUGGAGUCUUAUGAGAAUGGGGACCCUGAACAUUGUUAUACAACCCCACCAGGCCCAUUUGCAUCAUCGUCUCAUCGCUCUUUUUCCACGAGAACGACAUCCAAAAGUUCAAGCAAGUCCACCAUGAACCCAUCGUCCACAAGUAUUAGUUCGUCAUCUAUGAGUUUUGACAGGACAUCCAGAAAGUCAUCCACAUCGUCAUUGUUGACAAAUCCCAGCAUAGUAGCAGUGGCGCAUCUGUUUCUCUGUCAAGCACCUUGUCUUCCUCAUUUAAACCUAGUCAUCCCACGUCUGCAAGUUUUACAAGCCACUCAUCGACAGAUUCUUUGGGAAGUUCUGCGAGUACAUCGUUUUCUCACACAUAUCUAA